UGAAUAAAAGCCGACGACACCCACCAGUUUUUGUAUGAGAGCGUUUUUUGUAAAACCUGCAUACUAUUUUUGGGAUCGAUUCAAAUAGUGCAUUGUUAUCUGUCGCUAAACACAUCCGGGGCAGCAGCUAAAUAUGGCCGACUUGAAAUCCUGUGAUGAGCAGCUCGACAGUGCCGCAAAGGUCAUUCAACGAAACUUCCGCGGCUACCGCGCUCGCAGAGAAAUGGACGGAUAUGAGCUCAACGCCAGCAAUAGAUGGAUAUCGACCGUCAAAGAAGCGCAAUUUCGUGCGAGCACACGGCCCUUGAGCAAAGGGUCAACGGGUAGCACGUCUGCCGAUCAAGCGCCCAGUGAACAGCUAUCCAGCGCCAGGCAGAGCUGGAAAAAGGUCAGCACUGUGGCUCGCCGGGUUGGUCGAGACGAAACAGACAGUGAAUCUGAUCUCGAUCCAUCGGAUCUCGAUGAAGUUGCGAAGCAAGACAAGGCUGCCAAAAGGCUCCGACGUUCUGAAGAAAAGGCCAAGCGGAAGCAGGAUGCUCGACAGAUGGGGCUUCAGUACUUUCUGGAGAUGGUAGACACAAAGCACAGAUACGGUAGCAAUCUACGAAUCUACCAUGAGGAGUGGAAAAGAUCGCACACUCAGGAUAACUUCUUUCACUGGCUGGAUCACGGAGACGGUAGCAGAAUUGAGAUGGAAAUGUGUCCUCGUGACCGUCUUGAAAGGGAACAGGUACGAUACCUGACCAAAGAAGAACGACAGUUUUACCUGGUCAAGAUCGAUUCUGAGGGUAGACUAUGCUGGACCAAAAACGGAGCACGCAUCGACACUUCAGAGCAAUACAAGGACAGUAUCCAUGGUAUUGUGCCGGCCAACGAUCCUACGCCAGCAUAUGAUCCAAAGUCCAUUGCGAAAGAUGAUGACGAUGACAAUGACGAUGACGAUAAUGCUGAUGUCGAGGAUGAUGACAGUAGUGGUAACGGCGUCAGUGGCCCACAAGAGGACAACAAGCCGUUGAAGAAAAUCAAUCAUAUCUCAACAUCAUCCAUUGUGAAUAGGCUCUUACAAAAGUCUGUCCCUACAAACACGUGGAUAUUUGUUGCAGAUACGUCAUUUCGUCUAUAUGUUGGUAUCAAGAAUUCGGGUGCCUUUCAGCAUUCCUCGUUUCUUCAGGGUGGUCGAAUCUCUGCUGCCGGUCUGAUUAGAGUCAAAAACGGCCGGCUCAAGCUGCUCUCUCCGCUGAGUGGUCAUUAUAAGCCACCGUCAUCAAACUUCAAGGCGUUUAUCAAGAACUUGAAGGCGGAGAAUGUGGAUAUGAGCAAGAUGACGAUAUCGAAAUCAUAUGCUGUAUUGCUUGGACUUGAAGCGUAUGCGGCCACACGGGAUAAGAGCAAGAGCAUCCUCGGAAAGAUUAUACCGGACAAGACCAAGACAUCGAAGAAGCUGCCGGGCGUGAAGGAGGCAGAAGAAGCAAAUAUCCCAAGCGAGUCCAUGGGGAAACUGAAAUUACAGAAGCCAUGAGUGGCAUAUUAGCGCCAUAUUAAAGAUACCAAUUAUUUAAAUAUAUUUAUACUUUU